AUGAUGCGCACAGCUGCUUCCAAGUCCGUUCGACGGACGACGGGCACUCUUCGCUCGCUUCGAACGCCUCAGCCAUGGAGGACAAUAUCUUCUUGUCUUUUGCGACCAAAUCAGAACAGCAGGGGCAUACCCUCAACACCUUCACGGUUCCCGAAUCCUCACCAGAUCUCAGCAUCAUUUCACAGCUCCUCCCCUCGAUGCGCGCAAUCACCCACCGCCGACGCCCUGAUGGAAAAUCUCAACGACCUCUACGCCACCGCAAAGGACGAAUUCGAAAUCGCAGCCGAGGAGACGGAGAAGAAAACGGUCUAUGCGGCUGAUGAUAGAGAGGCCGCAGCGGACGCAUUGAAGAUGCUACAGGAGGCCUUUCAAAAAGCGCUGAAGGAGACAAGCCCGGAAGUCAGCAAGGAGAUUCAGGGUCGAGUGGGACCGCGGAUACGAGAACUGGAGAAUGCGGUAAAGGCAAUGGAAGAGAUGGCCAUGGAAGAUUGA